GAUUCAUGUAAGUCCGUAAACAGGCAGACGGGCAGGCAGGCAGGUCAUGCAGCGGUUCGUUCGUACGGCCAUGACAAGUUAGACAGACAGACUUAUACACACCCUCAGCCAGAUCAUGUCAUGAAUGACUGAGUGCCUGUCUUGUGGACCAGUCAGUCAACUUACAUGAAUGUUUGAAUGUGAGAGAGUCGGUGAAGGUCCACCAUCCAUCCCCACCCAUAUCAUAUAUAUGUGCAUAUAUAUACCACAGACAGACAGACAGCCAGACCCACACCUUCCACCCUCCCCCAGCCGGCCACGCCAAACACAUGUGUGUCCUCUGUCUGUACAAACCUCCAUACCACACAUCAACGCACAUCCAGACAUACAUACAUACAUCCACGCACAUAAAUCAAGGCAGUCGGUCAGCGAGGGAGUGAGCGACGCAGACGGCAGGCAGCAUAGCAUAGCAUGCAAACGCAACACGAGCGCACGCACGCACAUGAACCCAACCCGCGAAUAUGUGACAUCCAUGCCCUGCCCCUCACCGAGCCAGAGCCCCCUAGCCUAGCCAGUCCAUCCUCAGUCCCCACGUCCCGCCUUCGGUCCUUGAUUGCAAUGCAGUGAGUGCGUGCAUGAGGGGGCGGGGCGCAUCUCUCUCUAACGCGACGGCCGUGAUCUACCUACAGCCAGCCAGCCACUGAGGUAAAUCUGCUAUGACGUCUGCCUGUGUGUGUGUGUUUAUGGGGAGGAGGAGGCGUAUAUCAUUCCCUCUGCGGGUGGCCUGUUGAAGGAUCUGCCGGAGCGGCGACGCACGAAGCAGGGGCAUAUGUACACACACCAGGCCGGCAGACAGUCGCAACUGAUAAAUGGAUGGACGGAUGCAACCAUAACCAUACACAGACAUACACACAAACAUGAGGACCACCCAUUCCACGUCUGUGUGUGUCCGGCUGCUACCGGGCGCACCGUACCGGUAGUAAGCCAUGACGCAGUCUUCGAAGUCGGAACCCUUGGCGGCUGGCGGGGCCUCUUCACGCGGGGUGGUCCGCUCCAGCUCAUGCGGGGCUGGCGUCUCCUGCAGCUGAGCAUACUUCCCCUGAUCCGGGUGCACAACACACACGCACCGUCAAUGAAUGGGUGAGAUCACUCAUCAAAUCAAUGGUUGGCGUGCUGUGCUUGCCGCAGGGGGGCGCUCCUGGAGCUCCCCGGUCUCCUGGGGCCGGUCGCGAAUGCACCUCUUCUGCAGCAACACACACACACACACACACCACACCGUUGGUCGUGGCCCCCCGCUGUCUGCCUGUGAGUGACCACCCAUUGUGCCGUAGUUACCACGAGUAUGUAUGUGAGGCAUGCGAGCAGUAGUACGAGUAGGCCGACGAGGAUGCCCACCUUGAUCCACAGGGGCUUCCCGUGCCAUGUGGUCAUGAACCUCACUAUGCUGUGCCAUGCGAUGGCGAGGAACCGCCCCGCCCUCUUGAGGCCCUUCUUGAUCUCCUGCUCGCCCCACACGGGCCCUUUCUUCUUCUUCUCACCACCCUUCUCGCCUUCUCCGCCAGCCGGCGGCUGUACGGACCCCGGCCCGUGAGCAGGCGGGACUCCGGGCUUAGGGGGAGCGGUCGUCAAGGGAAACAACACGUGACCAGCCGCGUCAUACGGACACUCACCCGGACCAAAGUGACGACCGAUCAGCUCUGCAUACACACACACACACGCAUGCAAUCAUGGUGCAGACAAAGGAAUGAUGGGAUGGGCUCUUCGUGGUCUUCCUUGGCUGUUCACCUUGGCACUGCCCAAGGCAUUUGUCCUGGGCCUGGAUGUCCUCGAAGCCGUGUUCUCCGUGGUUGAUGCAGUGCUGCGAGCAGCCCUGGAAGCAUGAUAGAGGGUCGGUUGGCGAUGUUUGCAAGCGGCGCAGCAAGGGACGAUUAUCAAACCGACCAUGCCAUGACAGCAACGCCACGACAGAUAGUAUCACCAGCAGAGAUGCGACACCCCACACCUCCCUCAACAUCGGAAAGGC